AUGUGGUGUAUUUUCAAAAUUAUAAUCAUAGUAAUUAUUUUUGAAGCAAAAAGUUUUACUAUAAAAAGAAAUUAUACAAGUCAUUCUGUGUAUAAUGUAAACUUUUUAAAUGAAAUACAAGUAAAUGUUUUUAAAGAGUAUAUUAGCAAAUUCAAUUUAGAUUUAUGGAAAGAUAUAGGGAUUAGGAGGAGGACAGCUGAUGUACAUGUACCACCAAAUAAAAAAGAAAAUUUUACUCAAUUUUUAGAUAAUUUUAAAAUUAAUUAUUAUAUUAAAAUUGAAAAUUUAGGUAAAAUUAUUAGUGAAGAAGAGAAAGAAUUAGGUGAACGAAGUAUUUUUAAAAAAGGGAAUCAUCCUAGUUUAAUGACAAUAGAUGAAUUUCAUGAUUUAAAUGAAAUUGAAAAUUAUAUAGAUUCUCUUGGUAAAACUUUUGAUACAGUAAAAGUAAUAAAAGUUGGAACAUCUUUUGAAAAACGAACAAUUUAUGGAGUUAUAAUAACAAAAAAUAACAGUAUAUCAAAAAAGAAAGUACUUAUAAAUGGGUGUAUUCAUGCUCGUGAAUGGUUGUCAUGUUCUACAAUGAUUUAUAUUAUGAAUGAGUUGACAAAUAAUUCUAAAAAAUAUGAUGAUUUUUUAUCAAAAACUGAAGUUCAUAUUAUACCAGUUGUUAAUGUUGAUGGUUAUGUAUAUACAUGGAGUAAUGAUCGAUUAUGGAGAAAAACAAGAUCAGGACCAUAUAAUGGAUGUUAUGGUGUUGAUCCUAAUCGUAAUUUUGAUUUUAAAUGGAAAUUUUCUGGUUACUCAACAAAUCCAUGUGAUCAAACAUAUGCUGGACCAAAAUCAUUUUCUGAACCAGAAUCAAAAGCUUUAGGAGAUUAUUUAAAAAAUGCUUUUUUAAAUGGAUAUCCAUUUUCAGUUUAUUUUGAUAUUCAUACAUAUUCUGAAAAUUUUAUUUACCCAUAUAGUUAUGAUCAUGUUUAUCCUAAAAAUAUUAAUAAAAUUAUAGAUAUAUCAAAAAAAGCAACUGAAGCUAUUUAUUCAAUUAAUCAGUCAAAUUUUAAUUUUGGAUCAGUAAGUGAUAUUAUUUAUCCAGCAUCAGGAUCAACAAUUGAUUUUGCUACAUCAAUAGCUGGUGUAGAAUAUGCUUUUGCUAUAGAAUUAAGACCAAAUGAAUAUGUUACAAAUGGUUUUAUAAUUUCAAGUAAUCAAAUAAUUGAUGGUGCCUCUGAAGCAUGGGAAG